AUCAUUUUUGACCUUCGCAUCCUCAUCAUCGAUAUCCGCAUCCUUAUCAUCGACAUUCGCAUGUUCCGGUCACGACGAACAUGGCUGACCAGUGCUAGAGCCGACAGUAGCUCAUUCUUUGACGAUCCACCUCCUUCUUAUACCGAAGCUUGUCAAGUUACAAUCUUGCAAGAUGCUUCUCCGUACACUGUAGCUUGUCAACCCCCGAUUCCACACAACGCUUCUCCAGUACAGAGACUGCAAAGCUUUAUUGCAUGGCGGCUUACGACUGAAUACCGACUCGAAACUGGAACGCUCAGACUCGACAGAGAGCAGGAGUACUUUUUAGGGCUGUGCAAGAAGUACUGUAUGUUGUUGGGCAUGCAAAUCAAGUCGAAGAAGGAGGUUAUGAUAGCGAAGGAAGAACUCACACGAGAUGUGUUUAAGCCAGCACGGAUGCUGAAUAUCCCUGCAGAUGUCAUGGAAGGGUUUCUCUUCUUUACACGCUUCUUUGUACAUGAAGACGGACCAUCGACGCCCCUUGAAGUUUCUGUCAUCACCUAUCCACAAGCUGUGGUCCUACGCAUCGCAAUCGACUACACUGUGAUAAUAGAUGCUGCGGUGACGGGUUUGAACCCAUAUCUUGCUUCUAAUCUCAAGAAGGAAUGUCUUGCCCUGCAUCGACAUCUCUUCCCAUGGUACCUCGAUUUACAAACCAUCAGCCACGAAUACGAUAGACAACAGGAAGGGGAUUACGGAGAACCAUCUGCAACAAGAAGCUCGGAAGCUUCAGCCGCUGUGAAGAACAACAAAGGCACCAUCAGGAAACUUUUCCGUCGCAUCGCCACCGCAAGCAACAAACAAUUCAUCCCAAACAAGAAACGAGACGGAUCUUCUGGGUCUGAUCAUGCACCAUACAGCGAAGACUCCUAUACCGAAUACUAUGAUUCUGACCUCUCUGAGACCUCGCCGUUGAUACCAGAUCAGCCAAGCAUCCACCUCAAGUACUGA